UCCAGGGCUACACCACAAGGUGCUGUGUACUUGUCAGUUUACGUAUAUAUUGUCUUUUUCUGUGUCUAUAUUGUUUAUUUCCAAAAGCCUCACUCUAUCUACCUUGAGCGGUGUAUAGUGGCUUUUGUAGGGCUUUGGGAAUCAGAGAUGUUGGUUCCAUCACAAGUCAAGCGGAUAUGGAGACUGACAGACAAUCUGCAGAGGAUUUGACAACAACAGGACGGCCUUGCUGAGCCCAACGAUGGCACUCGCUAAACUGAAAUGGAGUUUAUUUCAGGCCAAAGCUCUAGUCUGCUCACUGCUGGUCCUACCGUUUGUCUACACAGUCACGGGAAUGUCAGGGUGGGAUGGAUGUUUGGAUGGUCAGGAUGUAUUCACAACGAUCAGAGAAAACAGCCAUUCAGGAGAAGUUGUUGCUGAACUCAUGGCUGAAACCACAAUGGAGGGGGUUCACUGGAGCCUGAAUGGGAAAGAUGCUGAUUGGUUUUUCUUGGAUGAAGGAAGCAUCCGGCUGAACACAUCAGCUGACAAGGUCCUCGACCGAGAGGCUCAGGGUCCUGUCCUAAUGGCUGAGUUAUCAUGCUAUGAGGACAACGCACUUCAGAGUGUGUACAGGAUCAUGGUGGAGGUUCUCAAUGAGAACGAUAAUUUGCCUGUGUUUGCAAAAGACAUGGUCCAGUCUCUUACUAUCAAUGAGCUGACUCCAGUGAACACUGUGGUGUUCACUGUCCAGGCCAAAGACGCAGAUAAUGACAAGAUCAUUUACUCCAUCGACCAGGCGUCACCGGAUGCAGAGUACUUCAAGGUUGAUCUCCCCAACAGUGGGCAGGUGAUCCUGGCCAAGCCUCUUGACUAUGAGACCAAAACCCUGCUCACUGUCACCAUCCACGCCUCCGAAAUGAACACUGCUGAGCGCUUCAAUGCCAGCACCAAUAUGACCAUCAACAUCCUGGAUGGAGAUGACCAGUACCCACAGUUUGUGCCCUGCGAGCUCCUGUUCCAGGAUGAAACGAGUCGCAUCUGCACCAGUCCUUUGUACACAGUCAAUGUCACAGAGGUGGAAGAGGACAUUGUGUUAGACUUCUCUCCUGGUCCUAUUCACGCUGUGGACGGAGACAGAGGACUUAGCUCUCCGCUCAGCUACGCCAUCAUCUCAGGAAACGAUGAUGGGUGUUUCCUGAUGGACAGAGAAACUGGGGAGGUGAAAAUGAUUUGCGUACCCGCAGACAGACUCACAACCCCAGAGCUGCAUCUACAGGUCAUGACGUAUCAGGACGACGACCCUAGGAAGUAUUCUGUUGCCACGGCGUUGGUCAGAGUUCUUGCAAUGAACCAGUUUCCUCCAGAGUUCGACACAGCUGAAUAUCGAGGCUUUGUGACUGCCGGAAAGACCACGGCCUCCCUCGUCAAUACUUAUGGAAGCAAAGCACUGGUGUUAAAAGUACAAGAUCAAGACUUUAACCAUGGCUUCAAUCCCAUGAUCCACUUCACCUUCAGUCCUACAUCCAAUCACACAGAAAUCUACCAAAUUACACAGGAGGGUCUUCUGAUUGCCAGGACCAAUCAACUCCGACCAAAUCAGAUACAACUCCUAGAGGUAAUGGCAAGAGACCUGGAGUCGGGAGAAGCCACAUUUGCCACUGUGGUGGUGGAAGUGUUACCUGAAGGACAAUCAAUCCCCAAUAGUUCACUGGGAGAUACGCAUCCAAUCAGCUGCACUUUGGGCAAGGCCAUGUUCCUGAGCAUGGUGAUCAUGUCCUUCCUUGGAUGUACCCUGUCUGUGGUGGUGUGGCUGAAGAGGAAACACAAGGGGAAGCGGAACCCACUGCAAAGAGGCUGUGUGGCUCAAGGCAAACACCCCAAUGUGAGCUUACGUUGGUUCCAACUGGUGAGUCACCGUGGCGGCAUGCCGCACACGGAGAAAGUACACCGCAACAACGAAGAAUUUGGAACUUGCAACCCUUCCUUCAGCUUACUAGACAACCCUGUCAUCAACACCCACCCAGACCUGCCCUCAUAUCAGGGACCCGCUCCGCUCAAAAAGGCUGCUGCACCCGACACCAGCUCCAUCCCCGCUGACACCGGGACCAGCCCUUUGGUUGUCACAAAUGAUGACUCCACCCCAAUCAAAUGCUCCUCUUGGUCCCCCACCUUUCACCCAGCCCCCGUGGAUGUGAUCCUCACGCGUAUGGCUCCACCCAAAGAAAACCCGCGCUCAGUAACCGACCCUUCCGACGCACCACCCGACGUCAACCCUAGCCCCGCAACCCCCGCAACCCCCGAUGCCACGUGCACCACCGCGGGGGAGGAGCUUGCCGACCCCGACACCAGCCCCUCCUCUCAAUGCAGUGUUCCAUGCAGUCAUACCCGAAUCGCUUCCGCGGAAAUAGACAAACCUUUCCGCAAACUCCGCGUGAAGACGCCCCCGUAUUCCCCGCUGCUGUCCUCACUCCUCCCCACGCACGCGGGCACACCCCCGCCCACGCCCGAGCGCGCGCCUUUAAAGGCCACGUUCGUACACAUACAAACGACUCCCCUCGACACGCCUCGCGUAACUCCACAGCCAACAUCCCCGACUCAAAGCGCAGAGCUGGACCAACCCUCCACAUCCACGGACCAGGCAGAGCGGUCGGGACGCCCCAGUGGAGCUCCAGGCGCCGGCGGUCCGCCUCAGGACCGGAGGCCCUCGACAAACAUGGGAAGCAGGCUGGUCAUCCGCCGGCCAGGGGAGGUCGAAGAUGAUGAUGAUGGUUUCCUGGGGGAUAAAGAUGCAGACAAGAACAAGAACAAUGAGGAUGAUGAUAGCGAUGAGCUGGACCCAGACGACGAAGAGCUGCUGAGAGUGAUGGCUCGAUGUAAUCCCAUUUUUAUCACAUUUAGAAAGUGAUGUCACUAGAUAUUUGGAUUCACAACCAGUCAAACUGCUGCUUGUUUGACAUGAGUCGUAGCACAUGUAUCUAAUCAUUGAAACAAACAAAGCACCACCUUACAGAUAAACUGGGAUAGAACUAACAAUAUGAGGAAUAUUUCUAGUUGAAUUUGUUCAUAAUAAAGCCUUUGGAUUUUCUGUAAUGCUAGCUACUAGUUAAUGACUUUGCUUUAUGUGUAACUGAGAAUGCUAAGAAGUAAUUCAGUGUAAACUCUAAAGCACACAAAGAGAUCAAUAUCAGGCUGAAUCUACUUCUCCAAUAUGUUACACUUGUGCUGCAUGCUAAGACCGAAAUAACAGGAAACUGCUCAAGCUCGGCUUGUUGGCAUCAAUGAACCUCAGAGCGCGCAUGUUAUAAACGCUGCAACAUGACAGCACCAACACCUCAACUCUUGCAGCAAGAAUGCCUUUCAGUACGGUUAACAUGAGCUGUCCAGAACAAUUACCACAUCACCAGCAAGGGUUAAAGGAUGUUUGGGACAGCUAUAUCGACCCAGGUAACCCAGGUGGUAUAGAAACCAAUCCUUUUUCUCCUGCAGCUCACUGCCGUGGGAACUGUUGAUGCGCACACUACCGCAGGAGAUACAACCCAUUCGGCCAAAGCAUUUACAAAAGGUCUUGUGCUGUGCAAUAACUUUCAACUUGAACUUCUCCUACUUAGAUAUUGGUGGGUGCAUGGAGAGCGUGGCUUACCUGGUGGCAAUUUGGUUUCCCGUCUCAAUAUCAAUACUUUUUUUUACUGUCCGGGCUUAAUUGUGAAACACAGCAAUAAAUACGCAAUCGAUUUAAAUUUCCCAAUUGUUAUGAAUGAAUGUUGGCAUGAAUGAAAGUCGGGUAACAUUGUUUGUAUUUCAUUUUAAUUUUCGAAUUAGAAAAACACUUUGAAAUGUUACUCAAAUAAAACAUACAUAUGUGGGCAAAUAUUAUGCGUUUGUGGAAAUACAUUUUCAUAUUGAAGAUACAUUUUUUGAGGAUUGUGAUA